AUGGAUGAUAAAAACUCAACCGGAAGUGGUGGCGGUGGCGGCGGUAGCAGCACCGGUGGUGGAAGUGGCGGUAGCGGUGGAGAAACCAAGGUGAUCUAUCACAUCGAUGACGAGACGACACCGUACCUGGUGAAGAUACCGCUGCCAGCUCCGCAGGUGACGCUGAAGGACUUUAAGCUAGUGCUGAACAAGCAGAACAUCAACUACAAGUACUUCUUCAAAUCGAUGGACGCAGAUUUCGGCGUCGUGAAGGAGGAGAUCGCUGACGAUUCGACGAUACUGCCCUGCUUCAACGGGAAGGUCGUAUCGUGGCUGGUGACGGCGGACGGUUCGAAUCAAUCCGACUGUUCCGAGCUGCAACCGACGGAGAUGAUCGACGGACGACCGACACUGGCCCAGCUACGUAGCAUGAACAAACCAACGAUGAACAACAUGAUGGGCAUGCCGAUGAAUCCGCUCACCUACCAGUCGGCAUCGGUUGUGUCGAGCGAUCUGGACUCCACGAGCCUGUUCGAGACGGAGAGUGAGAUAACGCUCGAUCGCGAUAUGACCGAGUGCAGCAGCGUGCAGCGGUUGCAGGUGCGCAAGAAGCCGCAACGUCGCAAAAAGCGCGCCCCCUCGAUGUCUCGCACGUCGUCCUACAGCUCGAUCACCGACUCGACGAUGUCGCUCAACAUCAUCACGGUGCAGAUCAACAUGGAUACGGUGAACUUUCUCGGCAUCUCCAUCGUGGGCCAAUCGAACCGGGGUGGCGAUGGUGGGAUUUACGUUGGCAGCAUCAUGAAGGGUGGAGCAGUCGCGUUGGACGGACGGAUUGAACCGGGCGAUAUGAUCUUGCAGGUGAACGACGUGAACUUUGAGAAUAUGACCAAUGACGAAGCGGUUCGGGUGCUGCGAGAGGUGGUACAGAAACCGGGCCCGAUCAAGCUAGUAGUGGCCAAAUGUUGGGAUCCGAACCCGAAGGGCUACUUCACGAUCCCGCGCACGGAACCGGUCCGGCCAAUCGAUCCGGGCGCGUGGGUUGCGCAUACGGCGGCGCUCCGUUCGCAGGACACAAUCAACACCGAUCUGCCGGAAUCGGUGCUCGAGCGACUGCACGCCGACAUGGACAUGAAGGAUAUCGUACGUGCAAUGACCAAGCCGGACAGUGGGCUUGAGAUCCGCGAUCGGAUGUGGUUGAAGAUUACCAUACCGAACGCGUUUAUCGGGGCGGACGUCGUGAACUGGAUACUGGAGCACGUGGAUGGCAUCGGUGACCGGCGGGAGGCCCGCAAGUAUGUCUCCGUAAUGCUGCGGCGUGGCUACAUCAAGCACACCGUCAACAAGCUGACAUUUUCCGAGCAAUGCUACUACGUCGUCGGUAACGGCAUCCGGCAGGACAUCUCGAACAUGUCGAUCGAGGACACGGAAAGUAUGAUGAGCGACAUCGCGCCCCUGCCGAACCCGCCGAUCUACAUGACGUACUCGGGCAACUAUAACCCAUCACACGGCUACCAACCGAUCCAGUACGGGUGCACCGGCGAACGGCAUCCGUCGUCCGGAUCGAGCAGCUCCGAUAUCCUCACGAGCAAGGACACAUCCGCGUCGCAGAGUGACCUUGCGGCCGUCAUACAGCAGACCAACCAGAUGACGAUUGCGAACGCGUCGAACAAAUCGUCCGGAUCCUCGAACCGCGGUAAUGAGCAAGACAUUUCAGCCACGCUUCGUUUCGGUGACGGAAACAACACUGGAGACUUUAAGACAACAAGAACCGGCAGCGGCGGCGGGGGUGGCAUCGGUGGCAACAAGCUGAUCAGCACGAACGACGAUGAAGGGUACGAGGACAGCAUCUACUUCCAGCAUCAACCGAUGCAACCCACAACCCUUCAGCAGCAGCAGCAGCAGCAACAACAGCAUCACCAGCUGCAGCACCAGCAAUCAUUCGGUCGGAGUGCAGCCGGCCGGAAGGAACCGGGACACAUCUACAACAAUCAGUAG